CUGUAACAAAGAUGGUGCUUAUGGUACAGGUUCCCUAAGUCCGGAUUCCGGUUGCUUUUUUUUUUUUUUUAAAGAUACGUGGUUGCAGACAGAGAAAUGGAGGCCAGAGACAAACAAGUGCUCCGCUCACUUCGCCUGGAGCUGGGUGCAGAGGUGUUGGUGGAGGGACUGGUUCUUCAGUACCUUUACCAGGAAGGAAUCUUGACCGAAAACCAUGUUCAAGAAAUCAAAGCUCAAGCGACAGGCCUCCGGAAAACAAUGCUGCUGCUGGAUAUCCUACCUUCCAGGGGUCCUAAAGCAUUCGAUACAUUCCUAGAUUCUCUGCAGGAAUUUCCCUGGGUACGGGAGAAGCUGGAGAAGGCCAGGGAAGAAGCCAUAACUGAGCUGCCUACAGGUGACAGGGUGACUGGGAUCCCUUCGCACAUGCUCAACAGCUCCCCGUCGGACCAGCAGAUUAACCAGCUGGCCCAGAGGCUGGGCCCCGAGUGGGAGCCUGUGGUGCUGUCUCUGGGGCUGUCUCAGACGGACAUCUACCGCUGCAAGGCCAACCACCCCCACAACGUGCAGUCGCAGAUGGUGGAGGCCUUCGUGCGCUGGCGGCAGCGCUUCGGGAAGCAGGCCACCUUCCAGAGCCUGCACAGGGGCCUGCAGGCCGUGGAGGUGGACCCCUCAGUGCUGCAGCACAUGCUGGAGUGAUGGUGCCUCCAUCAGUCCUCGGGGAGGGCGUCCCCAUGUCCCCUGGGCUGAAUCCUGACUUUCACUCAGUGCAGGUGGUGUUUUGUUUUGCUUUGUUUUUUCUUUUUAAUGAUCCUUAGAUGGAAGGAGAAAACAGAGUUCCACUUGACAUUAUUUGAAAGGCUGUAUUACUCAGUAGAUCUCCCACGUUGGCCCAACAAUUCGUUGUUUUUAAUUGCUUGAAGAUUGUGUUCUUGUAAUUGUUCAGUUUUUAAUUGUGUGAUUGCCUUUUAAUAGACUGUUAAAUCAUAGUAGUUAAAAACAAAAAAAAACCCAUAUUAUCACAUUACAUGCAGGUGUCCUAUACAGAACACACCCACUUUUACGUUGCCUGGGAACUGAACCAUGGACUUUCCUAUUCAUAAUGAUGAUGAUAAUAAAAACUGAA